AUGAAUACAGACUUAACAACCAGGGAAGCCAAAACUGCUGAGGAAAAGUCCCCUCUUGGUAGACUGACCUUUUCCGAGCUGGCCCAACUUUCCGAUUAUCUAAAACCAGAUAGAAGUAACGAAAUCUCCUUGUUAGAAGGCAAACCCCAGUUGCCUGCGCAAGACGAAAAUUAUAUGAACAAGUCAGUAAAGGAAAAUUUUUUUUUGGAAAAUUAUGAACUAGCUAGCCAAAAUGCACCAAAUAGCGAAAAAAAAAAAAAUAAAACCGUGUGCAGUGAUAAAAGUUCUAUAGUGGAUAGCUGCUUAGAACAAGCAGAUCAAAGUUACAGCCCUUUUAGGAAUAAACUCAUUGAUGAAGAAGAGAAUAACCAUUUGAAGCCUGCAAAGUGGUACGUGUCGGACGGACAUGACUCCAUCCAAGGGAAAGAAAAUUUACCAAACGGUGAGUCACACGUGAACAGUCCGCUGAUAGGAGAACAAAAUGUGAUGGCGCAAAACGAUCAACAUGCGAAUAAUAACCUCUCAAGCAAUUCCACGCGCAUAGACAGUUCCGAUGUUUUUUUCCCAACAAAGGAGAAUGGGAAUAUUGUCAAGAAGGAAUGCGCCUCAUAUUCGCAGAGCAUAAGUAACAGCCGAAAGUGUGAAUGCAAUGAGAAUGGUAAAACGGGCCAAUGGGGAAGCGGCAACGACGGGCCAAAGGCGGACGUCCCGCUUGGGCGGAGGAUAAGCGGAUUAAGUCUUUCGGGAGGAAGUGCAUUGGGGGAGAGGGGCGAAGAGGUGGGAGAAGAAGAAGUCGAUGGUGACGACAUAGAUGGUGACGACGUCCGCGGUGAUGAAGAAGGAGAACAGGAGGAGGACAAGGAAGAGAAACAAGCGGAACGUGAAAAAAGCGGGAAUGAUCAAAUUGAGGCGGAUCAGCGUGAAGAUGAUCAAAGCGGUGACGAAGGAGGCGGAGACGAAGGAAGCGAUGAUGAACGAAGCGGUGACGAACAAAGCAAUGGAGACGAACGCGAUGAAGACCAACGUGAUGAAGAUCAACGUAAGGACGAAGAAGCAGACAUAUCCAUCGAUCCCACAACCACAAAGGAAAAGCGGCCUAGUCAAGGAAGCAGACGCAAGAACCACCGCGCUGUCUACACAAGAAGGGAGGAACAAACUGCAAUAGAGAAAAAAGGCUUGUCCAUGGAAAAGACGAACAAGUAUAAAGACAAUUUGAAUUUAUUUAAUGAAGUUUUAAAGCACAAAAGUGAGUUAAGCUAUUUUCAUCAAAAGAUGAUGGAGGAUGAGCAGGGUAAGCGGCUGGGUGAGAAGGAGGGUCAGAAGAAGCAGCAGGAUGACCGGAAGGAGAAUCAUCGCGUAAGAGGAGACGUACAGGUGAAUAACGAUUACCACUAUCACGAACGCAUGAGGAGUAGCAAUGUAGUCAAAUUAGGACAAAACCGAAAUGUGCAUCUGUGGAAUAGUAGUUGUCCUAAUGGUGGAUCCUUUUCAGGCAAGUAUGAUGUGGCGCAGCUGGGCGUGAGGUAUAAUAAUAGCACGUAUAGUGCGAUUGAUGUGGGUAAAAAUUCCUCUUUUGCGGGAGAUACCCCCGCAAGCGAAAGCAAUGAGGGGAACGGAGACGACAUGAAUGACACCGUCGGUUCGAUCAAAUCGGUGGAAUUGAGCGGAUCGCCAGAUUCGCGUGAUGGCAGUACCGACAGUUACCUAAGCACCUGCAGCCGCGACCACCUCCUCCAAAAAGGGACCAAAAUAAGCGAAUUCAACGGAGCGCAAAAGGGAGGCAAAGAAAACAAAUCAUUACAGAAUAAGGCAAACCCGAACUUGUAUAGCUAUCUAAUCCGAGAAAAUAAAAAGACACAAGUAGAAAAAGUAGAAAUGAAAAUAAAUGUAACGUUUAAAAAUAUAUACUUCGUAAAAUAUAAGUACGUCAAAUGUGUGGUGACUAACAAUUCGGGUGUGAUUGUCCACUCAUUCAUUUUUUGCAAAAACGGCACAGAUUUGGAUACACAGAAUCGGCUUUUUAAAAUGUAUAAUAAGGACAAAGAGAGCUUCGACAUGCUGCGUUGUGAUGAAGUGCAGAUUCUCCUGGAGGAGCUGAAAAAAGGAGCGCAAUCAGAUGUCACCUUUGAACUCGUGUUCGAUGCGCAGGUGGUUAAUGGGAGGGUCGAAAUAUCUUCAUCGACGUUUUACAGGCUAAGUUUCUACGGCGUCCAGGAGGUGCCCCAGAAGGGGGCGCAUACAGAUGUGAAGGGGACGAAGAGCACAGAGACGAGUGCAAAUCUGGCUAAAGAAAAAAUGAGUACGGCCGCUAGGAGAAUCAGCGGGACGGUCGCGAACGUUGGGGCUGCUAAGGGGAAGAAUCUUAGCAGGAAGGUUGCUCACGGGAAGGCAGCCAAGGAGAAGCUUGCCAAUGAGCCCCUCAAAGGAGCAACGGACAAAUCAGCCAAAAGCAUGGGCAAGAACAUCGCCAAGCCCGUCACGAAACCGAAGCAGGAAAAAGAAAAGAACUCCUACAUAGGAUUCACCAUAUUACACCUUAAGUACCUCUUCCAGAUGCAGGAGAAAGGAUCCAUGCAUCUGAACAUCUCGAAUAAUAACAAUGAGGAAUUCGAUUUUGCGAAGAAGUAUAGCAAGGAGGAGGAGGAGGAGAAGAAGAAGGGGACGAAGCAGUAUGCACACCACUUGGAUGGAGAAGCAGCUGAAGAAAUGUACUCAAAUAAUCUCAGCUAUGUAGACAGAAUAGGGAUGCUUUUUAAAAUAUUAUUCGGCCAUAGUCUGAACAUCUCCUCUCAGAAGAUUUUCUUGGAAUAUCGAUUCGCUUCAAAUGAUGUGAGGGAAUGGGAUCAUUAUGAGGGCGACUCCUCUAACAGACACACCGAUUUUAAAAGCGCACUGGAAAUGGUGCAAAGGGGUAGCGUGUCAAACGAUUUAGAAACGAAAAAGAGAGUAGAAGAAUGCAUGAAGAGUUAUCUCAAAAAUCGUUCCCAGUAUAUUUACGACGAAAUUACCAUUUCGCUACUUGGCUUGCCAGAGAGAAACGGAGAACAUAGGGAUGAGAGGAGGUACUGUAGGAACGACGAGAAGAGUAAAUGUACCUAUGGAACACCCCCUCUUUGUAACUCCCCAACCGAGGAAACCAUUCAGGGUUCUUUCUCCAAAGGUGGGAAUGGUCCUUACAUAGUGCGUAGCGUUGCUAGUAGGGAGGGAAUCCCAUACAGAGAGGGAAGUAAACUCUCCAUCGGGGGAUGGGACCAACAUGAAGAAGAGAUAAGACUAAGACGCUCUAUCGAUCGAAUUUCAGAGGCAUGUCUUCCCGACUCGUGCGAAACAUCACAGAGGUUAAAACCUCAUCUGGUGAAUCUAUUGAAAUGGCUAGAAAGAAAGAAUGAGAGAAACAAAAGGAUGGAAACGUUGGAACAUAUCAUACGUAAGUACACCACCGGAUUCAAUGACUACCUGGACUUCGUAGAACUCAGCAAUAUCAAUAAGGCAUACAAAGUCUAUGAAGAGAACAAGAAGCUAAAGGAGUACAUAAAAAACUGCAACGGUUUUUUUAUCGACACGCUGAUGAGGAAUCAUCAGGAGAUAAAAAAAUUGAAGCACAGCAAUAAGACUGUUAAUAUAUUGUACAAUAAGGAAAGAAUGAGCAACUUAGCGAGGGGGGGAAACAAGGGGGACUCCUCCGUGGUGGGUGUCCAUUCGGAUGAGAUGGGCGAGCUCGGUGCGAUGGGCGAGGUAGAUCCGUUAGGCACGAUAAACAUGCUGGAGCAGCGAAAUGACAUCUUUGGCAGCAUGAUAAGUAGGCGAUCUAUUCCGAAUUUGUCCGUCUCUGCCAGCACAGGCAGGAAAGGCAAGAGGGGAUGUUCCCCCGUUUGUUCAGACAUGACGAGGCAGGAUAGUCAAAGAGGGAAUUAUCAUCCCGGUAGAAAAUUAGAACCGCUUUUUUCGAAAAGAAACUGCGCCACACCCACGACCGAUGGAAGUCGUGAAAGGAAGCGGACUGAUCUUCUACCUCGUAAGUCGGAUUGGCCGAAGAAGGGGGGCCCGCUGCUACAGGACGUACCAGGAAGGAACACGUACAGUAAGUCAUCCCCACAAUUCAGCUCAUUCGGUGCGUUUUAUUCUGGCAACAGUGGGGUGGUUCGAAGCGGUAGAAGCACCCGAAGCGGCGGAAGCGGCGGCGCCUGCGAGCACACCUGUUCGCAUUCGUGUCACCUCGAAAGGGGGAAGUCGCGCGGUGGGCGAGCUGCUUCACCAGGAAGUGGCGCCCAAACGGAGCGAAAUGGUCCAAACGAUAGAAGAGGUCGAAGCGAUGGAAGAGAUCGAAGCGAUCGGAAUGGUCCAAAUGAUCGGAAUGGUCCAAAUGAUCGGAAUGGUCCAAAUGAUCGGAAUGGUCCAAAUGAUCGGAAUGGUCCCAAUGAUCGGAAUGGUCCAAAUGAUCGGAAUGGUCCAAAUGAUCGGAAUGAUCCAAAUGGUCCAAUCGAUCUAAAUGGUCUCAACAAUCGAAGCCGCCUGCUGAAGCUCUACUCGAACCCGGUCGGCAGAGCCCUCCUCGCGCGCGCGCCUAAGAAGAAGGAACAUAGUGAUGCCACCACGAGCAGUCUUGUGAGGAGCUCGAAAGAGACAUAUCUGCAUGCAAAUGAUAAAUGGAGCGCGUGGAGACGUCCAGCUUUUGGGGGGAAAGGUGCACAGGGUAGUAGGAAUAGCCAUGCGGGGCUAAACGCUCCGUUUGGCUGUGCACAGUCGACUAAUCAUGAAAUAAAGCCAAGACAACCUCUUAGUGCGUUAAACAAGAAAACUGGCACGACUAUAUGCAACGGAGAAUCGAUCCAUGCUGGUGGCACUGCGAGGAGAAGCCAAAAGGAGAAGUGCCAGUUGGAUAAGAGGGGAGUCACCACGAAAGGGACUCGCCACGAUGAGGUAAACGACGCUGAGACUGACAACGCUGAGACUGACAACGCUGAGGCAAACCAUGCUGGGAACUCCCUCAAGGCGGAAUGCCACCCAUCGGAAGCGCGCCCCCAUUUGUACAGUGAACGAUGCCAAGGGGAGGUAUCCUCUAAAAGUUGCAUAAACGGAAGGGGUUCAAGAGACACCCCUGACGGCGGUGGUAACCAGAGUGCAAGUAACCCUAGGGAGAAUCUCCUCAGCAAGACAAAAAACAACUACGACACGAGCGAAGUGUUAAAGAAGGAAUACUUCCAUAAUGAGCAGAUGGUCUUAAAGAAGAAGGGGCAGACCUUACCCAAUUAUUGGGUCAAUCUGAGAAGCGGAAAAGGGAAAGGAAAGACAAACGUAGACGAGCGAACGAAUAGCAAUUCGGGGGGGGGCGAGUUUGGUGAGUCGAAGAUGACACAUGCAGGGGAGCGUCAAAACGGAGAUGUCACAAAUUUGAGAGGUGGUAAUUCGGGGGCCAUUACGGGAAGGAGUACUACUACACGCCUGGGUUCAAAUUCCCAUAACGUGCAUGGAGGGAGAAAAGUAACAGACACGGUACUGCUACUCGGAGCAGCAAACAAAGCAGAUCACAUGGACAACGUAGAUUACAAAAAAAGAUACAUCGAAAAGGUUAUCUCCACGUAUGAUGAUUAUAUUCCGAUGAAGGGGGAUCAACGUAGUCAGGGCAGAAAGAUAUGCACGAUUAGUGGUUCAUCCGAAAAGGUGGAGUCACCUGGGGGAGACAUAAGCGGUGUCACUAACAAGGAAGGGGUGUGUACCCUGAAGAAGAGUCGCCGAAAUGAUAAUGCUAUUAAGUCCAUAAAAGAAAUCAUCGACAAUAACUUAACGCGAAGAAUUAACUUCGAUCAGAACAGUAUGGAAAAAAAGGCGCUCCUCAGAAAUAUGCACAACAGUAAGGUAACCUCCAGUGUGUCCCUUGAGGGGGGAAAGGCGGCUGGACGGGAGAGCCAUCCGAAGGCUGUCCUGGGGGGAGAAAAACGACGCUCCGCCAACACCAAGGAUGCCUACAUCCUUGACAUUAUAAAUAAAAAUUUGAAUAAGUCCUUCAACCAGUUGGACAGGAUAAAGAAGAAGAUGAGUGAGCAUCUCGUCGUGUAG